AUGCCAUUGAUCUGCGGGAUCUACGGCUGGAAGAUGAACCUCCUCGGGGACCUCAUGUACUCUGGCACCAGCAUCCCGAAGUGCUGCGACGCGUGUCAGAUCGCGAGGGAGUCGUUCCCAGCCGGCAGCUGGCGCUGUGGGGCCAGAGAGGGCUUCAACGACUUUGCCCUGCGGCGGAUGGCGCGCGAGGGCUGCGAGCAGGAGCGCGGAGCGGACCCCCCCGAGAUCUUGUGGAGCACCUGGGAGAACCGCGGCCCGGGCACCUCUCCGCCGCUGGCGGUCGUCCUCGACAAGGCAUGGCAGCGCUUGGUAGUUGUGGUGCGUGGCACUAUGGUUAGGAUGCUAUCGCCGAUAUUGGGGCCCACUCGGUCUUCUUCGACCCUUUCGGCUGGGCGGAUGCGUCGGAAAGGCGGGAGAGGCCGUUCGAUGAAGAGCACGGCCUGUUUGUCCAUGGUGUCAUUCACGAUUGUGCCGUGGACGCCAUGA